AUGGCAAAUUCUCUAUUUAGUUAUCGUUCUUCACCCCUGCUAUCAUACAACUAUCCCCUUCCCACAGCUGCAUAUAACGUUUUUAUUAAUCACCGGGGAAUAGAGACAAAGCAAUCUGUAGCUAGUCUCUUGUACCAUAAUCUCCAGAAUAAAGGAUUCAAAGUGUUUUUGGACCAGAAAUCUCUACAAGGAGGGGAAUAUGUACCCGCGGCAAUCAGGCAGGCAAUAAGAAAAGCUUCAGUUCAUGUUGCAAUCCUUUCGCCGAACUAUGCGGAUUCUGAGUGGUGUUUGGAUGAGCUCCAUUUGAUGCUUAAAACCGGGGCUCCAAUUGUUCCCGUAUUUUGGGAGAUUCGACCUUCUCAGCUUCGAAUGGAGAACGACAAUGGUAUGUACACCAGAGCUUUCCAUAAGCAUAAGCAGGCGGGAAAAUUCAAUAUUAGAACGCUUGAAAAGUGGAGAAAAGCUCUGCGCAGGGUUUCACUCUUGGAAGGCUCUAUUUAUGAAGGGUAA